UCCGAGGCCUGCGUUCACGACACCUUGUAGGAAGGAUGGCCCCUCAACAGAAAAGCGCGCUGAACAUUGUCAUGGGCGCCAUGACAUUCGGCGAAGAGGGAAAGGAAGGUGCGAGAGUGCACAACCUGAAGGACGUCGAGGCCAUCCUAGAUAUGUUCCAAGCUCACGGGCACACGAGGUACGGUGCCAUCGUGAUUGGCUCAUCUGCUCUUUUGAACAUGCGUUGGUUCCUGGUCGAUACGGCGCGGUACUACAGUGGCGGGACGAGCGAGAGUUCCUCGGCAAAAUUGAUGGACCCUGACGAGACGUUGCGCUAUGACAUUCGCAAGCACGUCGAGACAUCACUGAAAGCUCUCAAUGCAGACCAGCUUGAGCUGUGGUACCUUCACGGUCCUGACAGAACGACGCCCUAUGAGGUCACUCUGAAGGCCGUCAACGAACUCUACAAGGAAGGCAAGUUCCGUAGGUUCGGCAUCAGCAACUAUAUGGCGUGCGUACUCUCCUCGGUACUCUCGUCUGAUUCCACAUGCGCUCAGCGCUGACGAGUCGACGUUGGUAGGUGGGAGGUUGCUGAGAUCGUCCAGAUUUGUAAAGCCAACGGGUACAUCCAGUCGGCUGUGUACCAAGGGAUCUACAACGCUGUACACAGGAAGGUAGAGCAUGACUCUUCCCUUGCUUGCGGAAGUACGGCAUCAGCUUCUAUGAAUUCAAUCCAUUGGGUGGAGGGUUCUUCACCGGCAGAUACAACUCGCCCGAUGUCGGAGAGAAGGCGUGCGUGCGACGACAAACCCACACAACACGUACU